AUGAAUAUUUCGACGCAGCACGCAGACCAGCCCGCCGACAUGCGCGGAUUAGAUGAUUGGAUGAUUACGGGCGGCGCCGAUUAUCCGAAACCGAAAUUCAUUCUGGAAGUCAGUUCCGCGGUUCUUUGCAUGGACUUUUGUCCGAGAGCGCCGCGGUUUGUGGCGGUGGGAACAGAGUCGGGCGAAGUGGAUUUGUUCGAUCUGCUGGCCGUGGGCGCUGGAAAGGAGGGAAGUAACGGAGAGGGAGAGGACAAGUUGGUGCUGAGGCAUUUGGGACACAAGGGAGGAGAAAAGGUGGAACGUAGAUCGGCCGUCACGGAUCUCCAUUUUAAUCCGCAGGAGAUCCUGAUGAUUAUGACUUGCUCGGACGAGAGCGGGAAGCGAGGCGGAGGAAGCAUGCAGGUGUGGAAGCCUGUUGAUUUACUUCUGUACGAUAAACAAUCUGAAAAGGGUCACUUUAUUGACGAUCUUUCUAGUCUACUUUGGGCACUGGAGAGAAUGCCUACUCGUUUCUAUUCAGGAAUUGACCAUUGUUGA